AUGGUGCGCAAAUCAAAACGCAAGUCUGAAGGUUUUGUUGUGGGAGAAGGUGAUUUGCCGAAUUCGAGGUUGAAGGCUCGGAAGAGUGGUGAAUAUAGAGGUGGAUUGGAUGGGGGGAGGAGGGGUGGUAGAGAGAAAAAGGAUUUCGGUGGUGUUGCGGAUCAGUUCGAUAAGAAGGGGUUGAAGAGAGAUGGUAGAGAGAAAAAGAAGGAGAAGAAAAAAGAAAGAAAGUCUGAGCCUGCGAGGAUUGGUGGAAGGGAAUUGGGAGAGAGGGAAGGAGAUGAUGAGGAUGAAGAUGAUGGAGAUGAGGAUUCGGGACAAGAGGCUAGCAAUGAGUUUCUGGAGCUCGAUAAUCUUGAGAGGAAGAAAAAGAAGAGCGCCGAGAGAGCGAGAGUGCAGUUUAUGGAGAAAUUUAUUGGGGCCGUGGAGAAAGGUGUGAAGGACUUCAAGGAAUCGGCGGUAGAGUUGGAGAGAGAAGCUUCGGUUGAAAAUAAGUACUUUCUGGAAGGCUUUCAUGCUGCCUAUUCUUUGUCGGCGCCAUUCAAAACCGUCUCUUAUGAUUUCUCUUUGAAUCAUAGAAGAGGUCGAAUCAUGAUUACACGGGCGUUGGAGUUAAGUUCGCAAUUUGAUAACCUGGCAAAGAAGGAUAUCGCAAAGGAGUUGGCAGGAUUGUUUGGCAAUGAAUGGAGCAAAGAGGAUGAAGAGAUUGCUAAGAUGCUUGAACUGGGAAAAAUGGUUGGGCUGAAUAAAUUCGAGUGUAUUGUGAAUGCUUCAAAGCCGGAGAUCUUGGAGACGGAUGCACUCGAAGUUGCGAAAAAAUUCUACCCAGAUGUUGAAGAGGAAAACAAUGCUGGGUGGGGCAAGGAGGCGAAGAAACAUGAGAGAGCUCAUAAGAAAUUGCUUAAAGCUUUUGAGGCUAGGAGUUGA